ACAAAGGGUUUUUGGUUGACUCUAUCUCUUUCUGCGCGCAAAGCCGUGGACCUGUGGUGUGGGAAGCGAUAACCAUGCAGAUCUUCGUGAAGACGCUAACCGGAAAGACGAUCACUCUGGAAGUCGAGACCAGCGACACCAUUGAUAAUGUCAAGGCCAAGAUUCAGGAUAAGGAGGGCAUCCCACCGGAUCAACAGAGGUUGAUUUUCGCUGGGAAGCAAUUGGAGGAUGGCCGAACUCUUGCUGAUUACAAUAUCCAGAAGGAGUCAACACUACAUCUGGUUUUGAGGCUUAGAGGUGGGACUAUGAUUAAGGUGAAGACCCUUACUGGAAAGGAAAUCGAAAUUGAUAUUGAACCAACUGAUACAAUUGAUCGCAUCAAGGAAAGAGUCGAGGAGAAAGAAGGGAUUCCUCCUAUACAGCAGAGGCUCAUCUACGCUGGGAAGCAACUUGCAGAUGACAAAACAGCUAAAGAUUAUAAUAUCGAAGGUGGCUCUGUACUCCACCUUGUGCUUGCAUUGCGAGGAGGUUGCGGUCUUUAAAUCAGGUUUCUCAAUUGAUUGAAAUUAAAAAAAUGUAUUAAACUUCAAUAUUUGUGAUUGCAUGAUAUGCAUUGAUUGUGUUGAGAAAAUAUGCUCAAAGAUAAGAUGAUUGAUUGUAUGAAGUUAAGUUUUAACACUUUUAAUAUGUCAUGUGGUGUACAAUUGAACUUGAUAUUAUUAUAUCA